AUAUCUGAAAUGUGUACAUUUAUUUAAAUGUUUUCCAUAUUACAGUACACAAAAUUAAAAAAGGGAAUUUAUCUCUGAAAAGACGACGCUAGUCGUUUGAAGUGAGUUCUACACUUCUACAAGCACCAGGGAUCGAGUCGCACGCACGGUCGAAUCGCGAUUUGAAAAUCUUAAGAUGGCGCAGCCCUGCUGAUCGCUUCGCGUUUCGCCGUCAGCUAGACUGACUGCAGUCAAUCGAGGAGGUCGAGGAUCGUUUUAUGACGACAUAGAAACAGGUGUUUCUACCAAAUACAUUUGCGCGCCGAAGCCACGUUAUCGGAGAGCCGCGGAGAGAUCGCGGGGAAGUCGCUCGAGUCGCGACUCGCGGUCGACCGUUGCGUCGCGUUUCAUCGUCCGAGAGAUUGACCCCAAUUAUCGAGAUGAAGGUAACGAUAAAGAGUUGGACCGGUGUUGCCACCUGGCGAUGGAUCGCGAACGACGACAACUGCGGCAUAUGCAGGAUGCCGUUCGACGCCAGCUGUCCAGAUUGCAAGAUCCCCGGAGACGACUGUCCAUUAGUGUGGGGGCAGUGCUCGCAUUGUUUCCACAUACAUUGCAUCAUGAAGUGGCUGCACUCGCAGCAGACCAACCACAUGUGCCCGAUGUGUCGCCAGGAGUGGAAGUUCAAGGAGUAACCGCCGCCGCUUGCCCCGCGGGCCCGCAGGUGUCAGCACGCAGCGAGUGAUCAGCGCGUAAAACGCACGUCAUACACGCAAAAACGUGCAGUCACGGGAGAGGAAUUGUAUAAUAAAACGAACGCGAUGCACGGCGCUUGAUUAUCAUAUCUGACGAUCGAGUCUUCACCGUUCAGCGUAAAUUUGGACGCCCCUCGACCUCCGCAAUCGCAACACUCCGAUCUCUCCGCGACGAAGAGGACGUUUCCGGUUCAAAGGGCGCGUCGUGCGACCGAGGAUCGGCCGCUCUUCUCUCCGCCUAUUAGGUAUCUGCCCGCCGCUGCGGGCGACGCGCAGGCACGUUGAAUCACUAAUAAGUCGUCGUAUCCGACGUGAUACGCGCCGAGUCAGUGGCUCGCGCGUGUUCGAGAACGUAACGUAAUAGUCGCCGCCACGCCGCAUAAUCCAUUCUCCCGUUUGCGGUCCCACCGCGUCGUCGCCGGGCGAGCUCAGGAAGGGGGAGAGACCCCUUCUCUCUUUUUUUUAUCUCUCUCUCGCUCUCUCUCUCUCUGGCUUUAAUCGCGGGAAUUGCGUUUCUGCCGACACAUAAUCGCGCGCGCGAGGAAACUCCGGCGGCGCGCGGAGCUUAAUGGAGUUUAACGCGGAGCGCGGAGUGGAUGGGUAAAGGGAAAAGUCGGAUCGGGCAGCGACGAACGUAUACGUGUUGCGAACAGCGCGAGGCGCGCUAUUUUCAACGCGUCGCUUUAUCCCGCCGAUUUUGCGAGUCAAUUUGACGUUCACGUCUCGAGCCGCGAGGGCUGAAUUAUUUAUGAUUGCGAAAAGAGCGGAAAGCCGCUCUCGACUCCUUUCGACGCGGUACGUGGUCAAAGUAUACGUAUUGCAAAAAUAGCACGCCAGUCAUGUUUAAUACCGAGAAAAUUAUGUAUGAUUCUCAACGGACGACAAUUGAAGAGUGGCUGUCCAGUUUAGUACCGUGAGUUGUAGAACAAAAGCAGGAUCGUUAAAAGUAUCGCGUU